AGACAGACGGGCAGGCGCUCGCUUGGCGCGGCCAAGCGGUCGCUAACACACAAACAUGUAAUUCGAAAUUCAACAGCGUUCGAUAUAUCGACAUCGAUAAGUUGGACAGUGCAACGCUAUCGUAAACUAGUGAUGUGAAACGAUUAUUUUUUUUUUUCUGAAUUUUUAAUAAGUGCGACAGUUGUGUGGCUCGAAAACUACGGCCUUAUUUUUUACACAGGUAGAGGCGAUGUGUGAGCGAUGUGGGAGCCGGCAGUGCUGAGCCGCUGGCAGGAGCACGCGGCGACCAUGCUGCGCCGCGGACACAGCCGCGCGCUAACGCCCUAGCUGCCCGCACACUGUAUACAAACCACAGGAGAUUUUGCAAAGAUGAAUCUCCUGAACAUGGACGCGGAAAACCGCGUGGUGCUGAAUGUGGGCGGCAUUCGCCACGAGACGUACAAGGCGACGCUCAAGAAGAUCCCCGCGACGCGGCUCUCGCGGCUCACUGAGGCGCUCGCUAACUACGAUCCUGUGCUCAAUGAGUACUUCUUCGACAGACACCCAGGAGUCUUCGCACAAGUACUUAAUUAUUACAGGACGGGGAAGCUGCAUUAUCCGACAGAUGUAUGUGGUCCUCUAUUCGAAGAAGAACUUGAGUUCUGGGGCUUAGACGCCAAUCAAGUCGAGCCAUGCUGCUGGAUGACUUACACUCAGCAUCGAGAUACCCAGGAGACCCUAGCCGUCCUAGAUCGACUGGAUCUUGACACUGAGAAGCCGUCAGACGAGGAGGUGGCGCGCAAGUUCGGCUUUGAGGAAGACUACUACAACGGAACCGUCUCCUGGUGGCAGCAGAUCAAGCCGCAGAUGUGGUCUUUGUUUGACGAGCCCUACAGCUCGAAUGCGGCAAAGAUAAUCGGUGUGAUUUCAGUGUUUUUUAUAUGCGUGUCGAUUCUAUCGUUCUGUUUGAAGACGCAUCCGGACAUGAGAGUGCCCGUUAUCAGGAACUAUACAGUGACGACGGCCAACCAAACCCAAAGCUGGGCGUUGGACAAAGUGCAAACAAACGCCCAUAUAGCUUUUUUCUACAUUGAGUGCGUGUGUAAUGCGUGGUUCACACUAGAAAUCCUUGUCAGGUUCAUAUCCUCUCCCAAUAAAUGCGAAUUUGUUAAAUCCUCAGUCAACAUCAUCGACUACAUCGCAACUAUGAGCUUCUACAUCGACCUGAUCCUCCAGAAGUACGCCUCUCACGUCGAGAACGCCGAUAUUCUGGAGUUCUUUUCGAUCAUAAGAAUAAUGAGACUUUUCAAAUUGACCAGACAUUCGUCCGGUCUGAAAAUAUUAAUACAAACAUUUAGAGCGUCAGCCAAGGAAUUGACUCUUCUAGUCUUUUUCUUAGUUCUUGGUAUAGUUAUUUUUGCAAGUUUGGUUUAUUACGCGGAACGUAUACAAACGAAUCCCCACAAUGACUUCAACAGUAUACCACUAGGAUUGUGGUGGGCACUUGUAACCAUGACGACGGUUGGCUACGGAGACAUGGCGCCCAAAACAUAUGUCGGCAUGUUCGUUGGUGCUCUUUGUGCUCUGGCUGGUGUGUUAACGAUAGCUCUGCCGGUGCCAGUAAUUGUGUCCAACUUUGCCAUGUACUACUCACACACACAAGCGCGGGCCAAACUGCCUAAAAAGAGGCGUAGAGUGAUCAACGUCGAACCGGCCAGGCCGCCUCUCAGGGCCCCAGGGGUACCCGGUGCUCCCGCUGGCCCAAUGGCCCCCGGUAUGGGCCCUCAGGCCGUCAAUAGAAGAAUGAAUGCCAUAAAAACUAACCACCCCAAAGAUAUGAUUGGACCUAACAUGGUCGCAAGCCUAAUGCCAGCAAUGGAUCUGUCAGUGGCAGCACGCCUCACACCAAGUCCUCGCGAUCUCAGUCCAGCCCUGGCCAUCGCUAUACCGAUGAUGAAAUCAGUCAACAUCGUACCCGCACAGUGCUUCGAUAAUAUGGCCUUUCAUAAUGAAAAAACUGAUGAACAAGAAAACAUAGAUAGCAAAACUACAAGCAGACAAGAAUCAACUGAAAGCAAUAGUACAGUAAAAGAAAAAAAUUAUAAAAAUGUACUCUACAGAGAAAAUGCUGUUGAUAAAAUUGAUGCAAGAACACCUCUUUUGAGAGAUCAUAAGAUCGAAUCACUGGACGAAACAAAACUGAGGGACAAUAAAGUUGAAAAACGAAAAUCAUCCGCAUCAACAUAAUGUACAGAAAUCACUCAUUAAUAUUAUGAUGUAUGCGAUCGCUUUUUCCAAAAGAGACCAAAUAUUUUAAUAAAUUUCGAUAUUUAAUGCUAAGAAUUAUUUGAAAAGCACAGCAACAUUUUUCGAACAUUUAUUAAUAUUGUAAAAUAUAAAGGGUCAUAUCUUCGAUAAAUUACGACUAAUUAUAACUAUUCAACAAUGCAUUUCUACCUAAGUUUAUUUUCAUUUUGUUUCAAGUUUCAUCGAAAUCGUUAAGGAAAUCUGGAUGAAUAACAACUAAAACAGAAAAGUCCAGAAUCAGUACAUCACACGAAAUUAGAAACAUAGGUUUUAGAAUAGUAAAUCGUUCUUAAAAUGUUUGCAACAUCUGUUAAGUAUAGUAUAACAUUAUCCCCACAGAAAAGUUUACUUGGUUUCUUUUGCUUAAAUUUUAAUAUUAACUUCAAUUUAUCGCUAAAUUCAAUGCGUUCAAAGUGAAAGAAUUACUCUCUGUCCUUCCUUUUGCAAGUUUAUUUUAGCUUGAAAAAACAUCAAAUGGAUUAAACUGCACUGCAGAUAUGUUAGGCUUUUAAAACACACUUGAAUGAGUGAAUAACAAAGAUAAAAAGUAAAGAUAAAAAUUUGCUUA